AUGAAUAUCUCUGGGACUGUCAACGUCCUCCGUCUACUAGUCAACCCGGCACUGUGUCUACCACAUCAUACAUGCGCUACAUUCGAUCAGUUGCCGAUUCCGCUCUCGGCAGCAUUCUCCAAACAUGGCGAGAAGCGACCUGACAUUCGUGCCGUAGUACUAGACAAGGACAAUUGCUUUGCGAUACCGAAACAAAAUUCUGUAUAUCCAGCAUACGAGAAGAAGUUCGAAGAACUGCGCAAAGCUUAUCCUGGAUCACGGCUACUGAUUGUCUCGAAUACGGCUGGCACGAACUCCGACAAUGGGCACGCUGAUGCAGAUCUGAUCGAACGCACUACUGGUGUCAAAGUCCUACAUCAUGCUACGAAGAAGCCCGGAUGCCAUGAGGAAGUCAUGUCCUACUUCAGAAAUCAACCUGAUGCUGGUGUGACGCACCCAGGCCAGGUGGCGGUUGUGGGUGAUCGAUUGUUCACAGAUGUCAUGAUGGCGAACAUGAUGGGUUCGCAUGGAUUCUGGAUCAAGGAUGGCGUGGUGCGAAACCAUGGUCUAUCGCGCUACCGACCGGACCUCGAAGACUACACAGACUUCCAGAUGGCUUGCACCAAUAUCCUUCUGACCGACACUUGUGCGGACCAUCGACCAGUGCAGCAUAGCUGCAUACCUAGCGAUCAGCCCGCGUCGGGAUCAAUCGAUGAGGAGACUCCAGGGGCGUGGCGCUUCGCUUCUCAAGCAUUGACGCUGAAGGCCAGAGAUCAUGAGCAGAACGUGGCGAUCGGCAAUGUGCCCAUGAUCCCGAGUAUGCUCACUGGUCGCCCGCCGCUGGGCGAGGUUGUGGUAAACGUAGCGAAGGCCGCGGUACGCCUGUCUCGUAUGGCCGGACUACUGUUGUGA